GGCUGGGAGGCUGCCCCUCCAUGUGUGUGUGCGCUCUACCGCCGCCACUGCUGCCCUUUGAUCCUUGCACUAGUGUUAGGGGCUUGAAGACACGCAGGGAGCAGCCAUAGACACGGCAGCCGCGGCUCCUCAGCAUCAUGUCGCCCCUCCAUACACACAACACACGUAUAGAUCACAUCCAUUGAGGAAUAUUUAUUACGACUUGGGGGAGGGAGGUGAAGGGGAGGACAAGCCAGGUGCAGCGACCGAGCGCCCUGACUCCCGGAGCCCGCAGGAGCUGCUCCCUCAUCCUCUCGUCUCAUGUGCACCGAGGAGGAGAAUGUGAUGGACGCGGAGAACCCCCCGGCUGUCUCCACAUAGCACCCACCGUGAGGGGACACAAUGCCCAGGAGGAAGCAGGAGCAGCCCAAGCGCCUGCCUUCACAUGGUGCAAGAAGGGAGGAAGUUGGAGAAGCUAGUGAAGAAGAAAAUUGGUUUGGGACAAACUCAGAAACCCCAUCCGAAGAUUCCUUUGGUGAUGUACAAGAAAAUUUUAAAUUGUCUCCUACUAAUAGGGGUCGAGAGUCACCCACAUCUCCCGAUACUUCUUUAGGAAGUGCUACUCCAAGUUUGAAUGCUGACCUUGGAUUUUUUGAAAAUGAAGUUUUUAAAGAUGUCUCUCAUUGUAAGGAACAAUUGUCCACUUCAGCAUCUUCAGUGGAUGAGGAUGAUCAAGCCAGUGUGAAUAAGCCAUUAAGUAGUAAUCUUCGGCGGUUACUAGAAGCUGGCUCUGUUCAGCUGGGAUCAGAAGUGUCUACAAAUGGCAGGGAAGAUACACAAGGUCUACAGUUUUCUCCCUCAUCUCACCAUGCAAAGCAGUUGAGUGUUCUUGCUAGAAAACUAGCUGAAAAACAGGAAAAUAGUGAUCAAUAUGGGGCUGCACCCGCGAGCCGGUUUAUAUGGAGCCAGGAUAAAUGGCUACAGAACUCAAAUAACACUUGUGGUCUGUCACCUGAUUCUGCAAUCCUGAAACUGAAAGCUGCUGCUAAUGCUGUCCUCCAAGACCAAUCUCAAAUGAGAACUGAAGAAACCCUAAGGUUUGAGACCUUUACUUCACCAUUCAGUUCCCAGUCAGCUAGUUCCACAUUAGCAGCUUUGUCCAAAAAAGUUAGUGAGCGAGGUAUGACAUCAGGUCAAGAGCGUCAUUCUUCAGCUGGCCCAUUCCUUUCUUUGGCAUCAAUGACCUCGUCCGCAGCCUUACUUAAGGAAGUUGCUGCACGUGCUGCCGGCAGUAUGCUGGCAGAGAAAAAAAAGCCCCACAUUUCAGAAGACCCACUACCACUGCCAGAAGACAAACAAGAAAAGGGAACUACUGUACAGUCCUUAGAACUGUUAUUACUCCCUUCACCAAAAGGAAGGACAUCCAAAUCUGGAAGUCAAGCUCCAGAAGAAGAAGUUGGAAAGCCUUUCCAAUGCCCCAUCUGUGGAUUAGUAAUAAAGCGGAAAAGUUAUUGGAAAAGGCACAUGGUGAUUCACACGGGUUUAAAAAGCCAUCAGUGUCCACUAUGUCCAUUUCGUUGUGCCCGCAAGGACAAUCUGAAAUCACACAUGAAGGUCCACCAGCACCAAGACAGAGGAGAGACCUUCCAGUGUCAGCUCUGCCCUUUCACCUCUUCACGCCAUUUCAGCCUGAAACUUCACAUGCGCUGUCAUCAGCACUUUCUUCGGGCUGAAGCCAAGGUGAAGGAAGAGCCUAGUGAUCCUGACAAUAAGGGAUCACCUUUUAAUAAUUCCUUGGGCAGCCACGAUGAAGGGAGUGCUUCACCUGCACAAAGUUCUCAGCUUCCAGAAAACCUAAGUCACAUCAGUUCUUCAGCUGUGAGUUCACUAGCCAUCAAGGAGGAACCAAAAGACAAUGACUGUCCCUCCAUGAUGCCCUUCCCUGAUAGACCUAGCAGCAACAGCAGCAUGAAGCUGAAAGAUGCUUUGGACUUUGUUACAUGCCCAUCAUCUCUUUUCAGUCAGGAUAUCUCUGUCAAAAUGGCUUCUGAUUUUCUGAUGAAGUUAUCAGCUGCAAAUCAGAAAGAUCCACUGACUCUCAAAGUUAAAGAAGAGCCUAAUGAUGGAGAACUUAGCAACUCCUUGUCCCCGCAGUCUGGAUAUAACUACAGCCAUGAAUCUGAGGCCCGACACUCAAGCACGCCAAAAAAAGCCACAUCCCAGGAACCACAGCCAAACUUGCUAACACAGGAUAUCUCUGUCAAGGCUGCCUCUGAACUUCUUAUGAAGCUCUCUGCUGAAAGUUGUAAGGAUGCGCAGACUGUGAAGAUUAAAGAAGAACCCAUGGAGGUUGACAUCCCUGACUCUUCCGUCUCCCCCAGACAAAACAUUGGUUACAGCACUUUAUUAAGGCAAGAAAAAAACGAGCACUUGCAAAAGAUGCCAGAGUGCAGAGUUAUUCCCGAGGGGAACCUGUUCAGCCAAGACAUUUCUGUGAAGAUGGCUUCAGAACUUCUCUUCAAAUUGUCAGAGAAAGUCAGCAAAGAAAGCAAUCAUAACAAGUCAAAUAUUAUUAGAACAAGCAGCCCAUUUUUUUCAGAAGAUAAAUUUAGACAAUCACCCUUCACCUCAAAAGAUCUCCCUAAAAAUGAUGCUUCUCUACAAGGAAGGCCGUCAUUGCCAGAUACAGAGAUACUUGGACUAGAUGCAGGCAGUGGGAUAGCAGCCUGGAAGCUGAAUGAACAGCUCUUCCCAUGCGAUGUUUGUGGAAAAGUAUUUGGUCGACAGCAGACUUUAUCUCGACAUCUGUUAUUGCACACAGAAGAGAGGAAGUAUAAGUGCCAUUUGUGCCCAUAUGCUGCAAAGUGCCGGGCAAACCUGAACCAGCACCUAACUGUUCAUGCAGUAAAGUUGGUAAGCACUGAUACUGAAGAUAUCGUCAGUGCAGUCAUUUGUGAUACCAAUGAGAAGAAGAAGAACCCAUACUACUAUAGCUGUCAUGUUUGUGGCUUUGAGACCGAGCUGAAUGUCCAGUUUGUGAGCCACAUGUCUCUUCAUGUAGACAAGGAACAAUGGAUGUAUUCAAUUUGCUGCAGUGCUUGUGACUUUGUCACCAUGGAGGAAGUUGAUAUGAGGACCCACGUCAGCGCCAAACACUCAGGAGAUGAAAGAAAGACCCCCAGUGAAUCCAUAAGCCCUUCUUCUUCCUCAUUGUCAGCACUUAGUGACUCAGCCAACAGUAAAGAAGACUCGGACACCCCACUAAGAAACCAGACUUCAAACAGCCUGUUGGUCAUUUCUGUAGGACACAGCUCCCAGCCUUUUGUUAGCAGUGAAGAGAAAUCUGACAAAGGUUUUGAAUGUGUGUUCUGCAAUUUUGUCUGCAAAACAAAACCAAUGUUUGAACGACACCUGCAGAUUCACCUGAUUACUCGAAUGUACGAGUGUGACGUGUGCCAUAAGUUCAUGAAGACACCGGAACAGCUGGUAGAACACAAGAAAUGCCACACAGUCCCUACCGGUGGGCUCAAGUGUCCAUUCUGCAUUUACUCCACAAACCGCCCUGCAGCCAUCGAAUGUCACUUGAAAACGCACUACAAGAUGGAGUACAAGUGUCGGAUCUGCAAGACGGUCAAGGCUAACCAGCUGGAGCUGGAAGUGCACAUCCGUGAGCAUCGGCUCGGGAAUCAUUACAAGUGUGACCAGUGUGGCUACCUCUCAAAGACGGCCAAUAAGCUGAUUGAGCAUGUGCGUGUCCACACCGGAGAGCGCCCCUUUCACUGUGACCAGUGCAGCUAUAGCUGCAAGCGCAAAGACAAUCUCAAUUUGCACAAAAAGCUCAAGCACUCUCCCCGCCAGACCUUCAGCUGCGAGGAGUGCCUGUUUAAGACCACCCACCCUUUUGUCUUCAGCCGUCAUGUUAAGAAGCACCAAAAUGGUGAAUUCUUGGAAGAAGAGAAGAAAACCCAGACCACAAACCAGAAAGAGGCUACCCUAUUGCUCCCCGUCAAUGACACUAGGAGCCUCUUGUCACCUCUCUCUGUCAUGUCUGCCUCGCAGGCUCUCCAAACAGUGGCUAUGUCUGCUGCUCAAAGCAGUGGCAUGGAGACACAUUUAGCACUUAAAGCCUUUGCAGUAAAUGGUAACUUAUCAUGCUUGGAUAGGUACCAGAACUCAGAAUUUGCUCAUCUCAUUCCCUUAACAAUGCUCUUUCCUAAGAACCAUUACGAUGUCACAUUCCAUCCUCCCAGACCUCAGACGGCACCCCCUGGUGUCACCACACCGAAGCACUCCUUCCUUGCUUACCUUGGACUGACAGAAAGGGCAAAAACUGUUUAAGAAUGGCCCUUAUCCUGUCUCCGCAACCUGGCAGGUUCACAUUGCUGCAAAAUAGAAGUCUGAACGGUAUGGAAACAUGUACUGUAUAUCAAUAGCAAGAUUAGUUACUGGGCUCUGUGUGUAUACUUACUGCAUUUACAUAAAGCUGCUUACCUACAUAUUCACAGAGGGAAACUACUGCAUAUCAUGGGGCUGGCACACCUAUGCCUCUGCUUACGGUGAAGGCUUCUGCACUUAUAAAACCAUAGUUCCAUGUGUUUCGUUGUAUACAAGUAUCUGUCUGCCUGAGAGAUAAACAGGUAACACACACAAUCUAAGUACUGUGGGAUGUCUUUUUAUGUGCACGCUGAACAUAGCCAAAACCAGUUCAGUAUCAUGUAUGGAAUUGUAUACAUUAUAUUUUCUUAUUCCGUCAAGCACCACUCCUGAUAUUUAUUAUGGGCUUUUUUUAUCCCCUGUCUUUAGUGCAUCUGCAUUGGUGCUUCAUGGGGAACUUAAAAUAAUCAUCCAAGGAUUCCGUGAUAAAGACCUUUCACGUAAUUGCGAUACAUAUUUCCUGCAGAUAAAGGUAUCGCAAAUCUAUCCAUUCCUGGUUAUGGAGAACUUAAAGGGGUUUUCCUGUUUUCAUCUCAACAUCCUUUUACAAAAAAUCACUUCUGAAGGUAGCUGUAAUUGUGUAAUA